UCACACACUACCCAACACGCAAGCACGCACGCACGAACGCCUCCCCCCUGAUCACUGCGGUACAACAUCAACAGAAUGAACCCUAAUCGUUUACUGUCAGAAAGAAAACAAUCAAUUUACGAUCCUUAGAAAUUAACUUAACCAAGUAUUGAGUGUAUGUCAACGUCAGUCCUACCAUCGCCUUUUGUUCAACUAAACCUCGCGGUUUAAAGAGGUGUUUAAACUGUAACCAACUAGGAAUUGAGAGUUGGGAGAGAGGAUCUGGAAUGGCGGGAGGAAGAAGAGGAACGAAUAGAACAUACUGCCGUUCUCCGCUAAGCAGUGAGACCGGUUCUGUUGGCAAUGGCAACCACUCGACUAGCUCACCUGUGACAGGUGUGAGAUCACGGGCCAGGAAUGGAUCCGGAACGGGAAUUUCCAGCCCACCGCUUGCCACUCAGACCGUGGUGCCGCUGAAGCACUGUAAAAUUCCGGAACUCUCUGUGGACCGGAACGUCCUGUUUGAGCUGCAUCUCUUUGUGUGCCAUCUUACAGCUUUAUUCGUGCAUUAUGUCAACAUCUACAAAACCGUGUGGUGGUACCCCCCAUCACAUCCACCUUCACACACCUCUUUGAACUUCCACCUUAUUGAUUACAAUAUGUUGGUGUUCACCAUUAUCGUGCUGGCACGCAGGUUAAUAGCUGCCAUAGUAAAAGAGGCAUCGCAAAAUGGGAAGUUGUCCUUCCCACAUUCUGUCUUCCUGGUGACGGCUCGUUUUGCUGUCCUGACUCUAGCAGGAUGGAGUUUGUGUCGUUCACUAAUUUAUCUUUUUAAGUCAUAUUCUUUACUCAGCCUCCUCUUCCUCUGCUAUCCGUUUGGAAUGUAUAUUCCCUUCUUCAAACUAGGCUGCGAUUUCCGGAGAGCUGGGUGUAUGUCACCUUUAGGUGGCAUGGUUUCUAAGGAGGUCAACGGUGCUGGUGGUUUGGGCCGUGGGGGACGGGACUAUCUCUCAGUCCUUAAGGAAACAUGGAAACAACACACCAGUCAGCUGUACAGUGCUCAGCCCAUGCCAACCCACGCCUGCUGCCUCUCUCCUGACCUCAUCCGCAAAGAAGUAGAGUACCUAAAGAUGGACUUCAACUGGAGGAUGAAGGAGGUGUUGGUCAGCUCCAUGCUCAGCGCCUACUACGUAGCAUUCGUACCUGUUUGGUUCGUCAAGAGCACACAGUAUGUGGACAAACGAUGGUCCUGUGAGUUGUUUAUACUUGUUUCUGUCAGUACUUCGGUUAUUCUUAUGCGGCACCUACUGCCACCGCGUUACUGCGACCUGCUUCAUAAAGCUGCAGCUCACCUGGGCUGCUGGCAGAAGGUGGACCCAUCCCUCUGCUCCAACGUCCUUCAGCACAUAUGGACAGAAGAAUACAUGUGGCCACAUGGAGUUUUGGUCAAACACAAUAAAAAUGUUUAUAAGGCCAUGGGCCAUUAUAAUGUAGCAGUUCCCUCAGAUGUCUCACAUUAUCGUUUCUAUUUUUUCUUCAACAAACCACUUCGAAUAUUAAAUAUUCUCAUAAUCCUGGAGGGUGCAAUGAUAUUCUACCAGCUAUAUUCACUGAUGUGUUCAGAGAAAUGGCAUCAGACAAUAUCAUUAGCGCUUAUAUUGUUCAGUAAUUAUUACGCCUUUUUCAAACUGCUCAGAGACCGAAUAGUUUUGGGAAAGGCAUACUCGUAUUCAGCCAGUGCCUCCAAUCAAAAAGUCAGUUAGACAAGGAUAAGUUAUUAUCAGCUAUCACAGAUGAACAGAAAACAUGCAUGAGAGCUGUUUAUUUUUUCUACAACUGCAUUUUUGUCUGUUUGUUUGACUCACCGUGAAAUAAAGAGGAGACAUAUUUUUGUAA